AAAGUCCCACAGCGCCACCUGCCGGCAGGGAGUCUUACUGAAAACAGACGAGCUGCUCUCAUUGGACCGCCGAGCGCUCAACCCGGCAGGACUUUGUUUUUAUUCAUUAUUCAUCGUUUUAAUCGAAUCAUGGCUCUUUUGGAAGCCAGUGGAUCCUCGGUUCGGUUCGGACUCGGCUCACACCGGACCCAGUUUGUGGAUCAACCGAAUCACUACAGAUUUGGGACAAAAUCCCAGGAGUUUGCUGUUCCACUUGGGGUUGAUCCGUCAGCCUUUCUGAAAUCAUGCAGCUGUGAUGAUGGGAUAUCCAUAGACUUGGACCACGGCACCACGACUCUGGCUUUUAAGUUCCGCCAUGGCGUCAUUGUAGCCGUCGACUCCAGAGCCUCAUCUGGACGCUAUAUUGCUUCAAAGGAGGUGAAUAAGGUGAUCGAGAUCAACCCUUACCUGCUGGGCACCAUGUCUGGUUGUGCAGCAGACUGUCAGUACUGGGAGAGACUUCUGGCGAAGGAGUGCAGGCUUUACCAGCUCCGUAACAAGCAGAGGAUCUCAGUGUCUGCAGCUUCCAAGCUGCUGUCCAAUAUGAUGCUUGGUUAUAGAGGCAUGGGCCUGUCUAUGGGUAGCAUGAUCUGUGGCUGGGACAAGAAGGGUCCUGGUCUGUACUAUGUAGAUGAGAAAGGAAUACGUCUCUCAGGGGAUAUGUUUUCCACGGGCUGUGGGAACAGCUUUGCGUACGGGGUGGUAGACAGCGGCUUCCGUGAGGACAUGACCGUGGAAGAGGCGUAUGAGCUCGGCCGCCGUGGCAUUGCUCACGCCACACACAGAGACGCCUACUCUGGUGGAGUCGUGAACCUCUAUCACAUGAAGGAGGACGGUUGGAUUAAGGUGUGCAAGGAGGAUGUAUCCGAUCUAAUCCAUAAGUAUAGGAAAGGAAUGUUCUGAACCCACAGAUUAUUUUAUACUCACACACUAACACUGUAUCUGACACGAUUCAGUAAUGAAAAUAAAAAUGAUUUUCAAACUAAA